UGAAAGCGAACAAAUGCAAAAACAGGAAGGAAAUGACGCUAACUGAAUAUCGAUAUGUUCGUUUUCCUUCCGACGCGCAACGCCAACUUGCUCGAAAGCCAAGGACUCAUGGCCUCAUGGUGUACUCGCGGGGACAGUGACAGGCACGGAGUCGCCCAAUCACCUCACCACCUGCGUAUUCAUGUUGACGCGCUGGACCACAAUGUUUCUCAUUAGGACGUGCAGGAUCGAGCCGGUCCGGGACAAUGUCAGGAGAAGCAGCGACGGCCAGGGGCCAUGAAUAAAUAACGGAGGCCAGGGCUCCUAUAAAAUGGCCCAGGCAGGGAGAACGGCGAGUGCAGGAGGAAAGACGAUAGGCAGCAAGAUGACUCGGUCGUCCUGGGAACUAACACUUCGCCUGACAGUUGCGGUGCUGCUGUGUGUCUCGCUGCAUUCCCACGCCAUCGGCCUCAGUGACCUGCUGGACAGGGCGUCUCAGCUUUCCGACCGGCUCCACUCGCUCAGCGCGUCGCUCACCAACGACCUGGACUCAUACUUCUCCCCUGUGGGCCACGUGAUGAUGCCCCGCCCAUCGAUGUGCCACACGUCCGCCCUUCAGACCCCCAGCGACAAGGACCAAGCGCUGAGAGUGCCGGAAUCGGAGCUUCUCUCCCUCAUCCGCUCUUUGCUCCUCUCCUGGAGUGACCCCCUGCUCCUGCUUUCCCUGGAGGCCCCCACUCUGCCUCAUCCGUCCAACAACGCCAUCCACAGCAAGACGAAGGAGCUGCAGGACAACAUGCAAAACCUGAACUCGGGUCUGGAAAGGCUGGUGCACAAGAUUGGCUACAAGUCGCCCACCUUCCUCCCUUUCAAAGGGCACGAGCUCAGCGACGACAAGAUCUCACGGCUCACCUACUUCCACUUCCUGCUGUCCUGCUUCCGAAGGGACUCGCACAAAAUCGACAGCUUCCUCAAGGUCCUCCGGUGCAGGGAGGCUAGGAUGCGCCCUGAGUUUUGCUAAAGGAGGUGCCGCUUUCAGUUCUACACUCCAGCCAUGUGCAUACAGACGUGGGAGAUGGGGAGAACGGGCGGGAGGGGGGGCACAAGGAACAACCCCCUCCAGGAGGUGACUGUUGUA